AUGGCUCUUGGUACAUCUGAACGUUUAAAUAUGUUUGAACGUAUUAAAUCUGCAUGCACACAAAAAGAAAAACUUCAAAUUCUAAAAAAAGCUAUUCAAGAUGAAUCAUCAUUAAAUGAAGAAAUAAAUUUUCGUGCUUAUCGUGUCAAUCUUUUGUGUGACAUUGGUGAUUGGGAAAAGGCAUUACUCGACUUGAAAUUCAUCGAGAACAUUGAUAUGAUGAUGGAUUCAUUAUAUUUUACAAAAUGGUAA